AUGCCACCCAAGGCCAAGGCCCCGCCCAAGCCCACCAACUCCGCCGCGCAGGCCGCGGUGCUGUCCAGGACGACGGUGCCCAAGACCGAGCCGUUCACGGCACCUGCACCUGCUGCUAGUGGCGGGCGCACAAAGCAGACUGCACGUAAGAGCACCGGCAGCCGUGCGCCUAGCGGUCGAUACGAUUUUGAUGUCGACAACCACGAGGGCUAUACCAGUGGAUACGACCGGUGGCAGUUUAACGACAACCACAAAGGCGACCCCCGUGGAUACUGGGGACACGAUCGCUGGGGCAAGUGGGGUUGGCAUUGGCACGGCAAUUACACCGAAGGCGACCGCAUGUGA